AUGCGGCGAAUUCUGCAGCCCCCUGCGUGCGGUCUGAGUGGCCUCGUUUCCACGGCGUGUAAGACCGCGACCGGGGCGACGCCUGGCGCUGGCGCCUGCUUUGCAGCUACGCCCAUGGCGCUGCUUCUGUCGGCGCGGGCCCAAGGAGGCUUCGGCGGCGGUCGGCCUGCCCGCGGGCAGCGCGGUGGGGGACGGGGUGGAACUGACAGCAGGGGCAGAGGAAGAGGCGGCAGCACCGGCGGUGUCGAGGGUAAGGAUGGCAUGGUGCGACGCGCGAUUAUCAACAAGACAGGCGACGGUGAACUCAGCGAACUCACACGCAUCGUGAUGCGGGACGACUCAAAAAUUCUCACGAGCAUUGUCAAGCAUAUUCCGCAAAAUGGCGCCAUCUCGGUGAAGAGCCUCCACGCUCAGCUCUCACCCGAUGUGCAGGAGGCGGUGGCGGAAAAGUACGACGGCCUCAAAAGCUUCCUGGAGCAACGCAAGCAACUGUUCGUGGUGAAGACAAAUCCUGCAGACGGUGUGUUGUACGCUACUGCAACGCCGUUGGCAUUGCAGAAGCUUGUGGCGCGCGAGAAGCAACGAGAAACGAUGCAGGAGAUGUUGGGACUUAACCGCCGCGGCGGCGGCAGUCGUGGAGGACGCGGCAACCGUGGGGGAGUUGGGAACCGUAUUAAUAGCGGUAGGGGGGGAGGCGCGGGUUUGGCGGUAGGGGAGGAGGACGCGGGUUUGGCGGCGGCGGCGGCGGCGGCGGGGGUGGUGGUGGUGAACGUUUCUAUGGAGGCCGCGGCGGCGGUGGUGGUGGUGGUGGCUUUAGGGGACGCGGGGGCGGCGGCGGCAGGAUGGGCGGUGAGAGCCGUAGCUUCGGUACGCAGGGACGCCGCUGAGGCG